AUGGCACCUUCGACUCUCUUCAUCUCAUCUCGAGUAGCAUUUUGGACAACACCUUCGAUAGUAUCUGGCACCACCAUCUUGGGUCGCACCUUGGCUAGACACCCAGCUAGAAACCUCAAGCAUCCAUUUUCUGCCGAUCGGUUAACAUACCGGUUGCAUCUAAUGGGUCGUACCUUCAAAAUUCUA